GUGAAAUGGGUUUGAAUACUACGCUAGGACAGACGUGUCCUUCUCCAAUGAAGCCUACUUCAAAUGGCUUACUACAGGGUGAUAGUCCUCUUGAUUUUGCACUUCCUCUUGCCAGUUUGCAAAUAUGUUUGGUGAUUGUUCUCACAAGGGGUCUCGCUUUUCUUCUAAGACCAUUAAGACAGCCACGCGUGGUUGCUGAGAUUAUUGGGGGAAUUUUACUUGGACCAUCAGUGCUGGGUCGAAGCAAGAGUUUUCUGCAAACUGUAUUCCCAUCCAAGAGUCUAACUGUGUUGGAUACAAUGGCAAAUUUUGGCCUUAUUUUCUUUAUGUUCCUUGUGGGUUUAGAAUUGAAUCUUAAGUCUCUUCGUCAAACUGGGAAAAAGGCCCUUGGCAUUGCUAUUGCAGGAAUUGGCCUUCCUUUUGCAUUAGGAAUUGGUACAUCUUUUGUCCUCCGAGAAAGUAUCUCUGAAGGCGUGGAUGGUAGCUCAUUCCUUGUAUUCAUGGGCGUGGCCCUUUCUAUAACUGCUUUCCCUGUCUUAGCCCGUAUUUUGGCUGAGCUGAAGCUUUUAACCACUGAUGUUGGCAGAAUGGCUAUGUCAGCUGCGGCAGUUAACGAUGUGGCUGCAUGGAUUCUACUUGCCCUUGCCAUUGCCCUCUCUGGAUCCAAUCAUUCUACUCUUGUUCCAUUUUGGGUUUUACUGAGUGGGUGCACCUUUGUCGUUUGUUCAAUAAUCAUUGUUCCACGGAUUUUUAAUUGGAUGGCUCGACAAUGCCAUGAAGGUGAGCCAGUAAAGGAAACAUAUAUUUGUGCUGCAUUAGCUGCUGUUCUGGCUGCAGGGUUUCUCACUGAUGCUAUCGGAAUUCAUGCCAUGUUUGGUGCUUUUGUGAUUGGAGUGCUUAUCCCCAAGGAAGGUCCAUUUGCGGGUGUCCUUGUCGAAAAAGUGGAGGAUCUUGUAUCUAGCAUAUUUCUGCCACUUUACUUUGUUUCAAGUGGACUAAAGACGAACAUAGCUACAAUUGAAGGGCUCCAAUCAUGGGGCCUAUUGGUUUUGGUUAUUUUAACAGCAUGUUUUGGAAAGAUUGUUGGCACUAUUGUGGUGUCUCUUUCUAGCAAAGUGCCUCUCCGUGAAGCUCUUGCACUGGGCUUUCUUAUGAAUACUAAAGGCUUGGUGGAAUUAAUUGUGCUCAACAUUGGUAAAGAUAGAAAGGUUCUGAAUGAUCAAGUAUUUGCCAUUAUGGUUCUAAUGGCUCUCUUCACUACAUUUAUCACUACACCUCUUGUUAUGGCUGUAUAUAAGCCAGCUAGAAGGACAAGAGUUGUUGAUUACAAGCAUAGGACUAUUGAAAGGAAAAAUUCAAAAGCCCAGUUUCGGAUUUUGGCCUGUUUCCAUAGUGCAAGAAACAUUCCAUCAAUGAUUAAUCUCUUUGAGGCAUCUCGAGGGAUUCGGAAAUCUGAAGGAAUUCGUGUAUAUGCUAUGCACCUCAUGGAGCUCUCUGAGAGGUCAUCUGCUAUCUUAAGGGUUCAUAAGGCAAGAAAAAAUGGUUUACCUUUUCUGAAUAAGGGCAGACAAUCAGAUUCUGACCACAUUGUAGUGGCAUUUGAAGCUUUUCAGCAACUGAGCCAGGUUUCUGUAAGGCCAAUGACUUCAAUCUCUUCCAUGGCUGACAUGCAUGAGGACAUUUGCAUCACUGCUGAGAGGAAGAAAGUUGCAAUUAUUAUUCUUCCAUUCCAUAAGCACCAAAGGUUGGAUGGUUCUCUGGAGAUUACUCGAUCUGAUUUCCGAUGGGUGAACCAAAAGGUCCUUGAGAAUGCACCUUGUUCAGUUGGAAUUCUAAUUGAUCGCGGGCUUGGCGGAACCGCUCAUGUAUCUGCAAGUAAUGUUUCCUAUUCUGUUGCAGUCCUUUUCUUUGGGGGCUGUGAUGAUCGCGAAGCCCUUGCUUAUGGGGCUCGUAUGGCUGAGCACCCUGGUAUCAGUUUAGUGUUCAUUCGCUUCUUACUGGAGCCUGAGACGACAGAGAAUCUAGUUAGAGUUGAUGAGGCUGAAAAUUCCAGCUCCCAAUUGAGGUCAACGGAUGAAGAGGUUCUCUCUGAGUUUAGAACAAAAGUAUCUCAUGAUCUCUCCAUAGUAUAUGAAGAGAAAGUUGUGAGAAGUGCUGAAGAAACCAUUUGUGUAAUCCGUGAGGUAAGCCAAGGCUGCAAUCUUUUGUUGGUGGGUCGAAAGCCUGAAGGUGAAGUAGCCUUAGCUUUAAAUAAGAGAACUGAUUGCCCAGAACUGGGACCUGUAGGGAGUUUAUUGACUUCAUCAGAUUUUUCAACAACAUCAGUAUUGGUUAUUCAACAGUAUGGUGCUCUAUUAUCUUUAAAUUUAGCUCCAGAGUCGCAGGAAGACUCGCCUGAAGACGAAGACUUGGAAUCAAAUUAGCUUGCUUCCUGUUAAAUGGUUUGGAUUUGAAUUUUAACCAUAGUUUGUUGUGAUGGGUUGUACUACCAGAUUGUUCCACUCACAAGAAAUAAUUAUGGAAUAAAAGGAUUUCUUAAAUCAGAUAUUCAAUUAUCACUUGGAAUUUAUUUGUCUUUAAUAUAAUACGCCAUUAUGAUUACCGGAUCA